AUGCCACCGCCAACGCCGGGAACGCCGGCAACGCCGCUGGGGCCGGAGAGGGCAAGAAGUCCAACAAGGCUGGGCGCUCCAUUAAGCUCUACACCGCGCGCAAAGUUGCCCGCGGCCGUCCCACUCGACGCAUUUAAAUCUCCUCACGAAAAGGGGUCCGUCCUCACUGCUGCUGCCGACGGCGACGGCGACGAUGGCGGUCGCUCUGAUAGGGGAGACCACGGCGGCUCCGACGACUCUGAUCAUGCCGACGGCUCCGACAAGUACAAUGACAAUGACAAUGCUCAUGGCCAGGGCUGGGAUCGGGGAGCCAGGGAAAAAGACAAAGACGGGAGCCGGGACAAGGGCGGGUCGUCCUCGUCGUCUCGGAAGAGCGGAGGCACGCGUCCCAAGGGCGACGGGAGGUCCGACCGGUCAGGCGGCGGGUUCCGGACGGAAGAGAGUUUCGCGGUGGUCGGCCGGCCGCAUGCUCCCGGGUCCGGGCUCGGUUUCGUCGAGCUGUCGCAGUUUUACGAGAUUCUGUGUGACGAGUAA